UUCCAACUAUCACAUACGUCCCUCUUCUUCCCUCCUUGUUCCUCGAAUUUGGCGCGAAAAUCCGCCAUUGACACAAAUUCUCCAAUUUAGGGCAAAGCUUUGAUUUUCUCCAAACCGAAACAUGGAAUCCUUCGAAGAGCAAUUCGAGCAGAUAACAACUCUUUUAUCAUCAAACAAACCGUUGGCUUACUCGACGCUGCUUCAUCUCCAGCAACAAUCCGGCGCUGAUCCUUCUCUCGUUAAGCUGCUCGCCGAUUCAUCUUCUAUCAUCGUUUCCUAUAUUCUCUCCGAUAUCUCCGAUAACGACGAGGAAAUUGCUGCUCAGGCAUUGAAGUGCUUGGGAUUUAUGAUAUAUCAUCCAUCUAUAGUUGGCUCAAUCAAAGGUGAUGAUGCCAGGGCUAUUGUUGAUUCUCUCGUUGAGGUUAUUACAACCAGCAAGAUUAAGUCUGUUUGCAACUUGGGUGUGUGGUGUAUAUCAAUGCAGCAGUUUAACUCAUCGCUUUUAGAUGCAAAUUUCCAGUGUUUACUGAGGGCAAUUACUUAUGCGCUUGACAAUCCUAUUGGCUCUCUUUCAAUCACAUUUGAGGCAAUGCAGGCUGUAAUGAAGUUGGCGAGUACAUCAGCUCAAAAUAUGAGAGCCAUGUCAAACAUAUGGGCUCCUCCAGUUUAUAGAAGACUAGUCAGCAGUGAUAAAAGGGAAAGAGACAUGUCAGAGCGUUGUUUACAAAAGGUCUCAAGCGUGAUAUGUCCUCCACCAGUAAUUCUUUCUAAGGCCCUUGUCACAGAUUUGAAGAAGACUUUGCUUUUGACGAUGGAGGAGCUGCUGAACCAAGGCUUGAAGAUUCAAACUCUACAAGUGUGGAGAUGGUUUCUGCGUCUACUCGGACCUUAUGGAAUGAAAUAUAAGCAUUUGGUCAACAAAUUGCUUAAAAUUCCAGAACAAACUUUUACGGACCAUGAUCCACAGAUUCAGAGUGCUUCACUGGUGGCCUGGGAAGGUCUCAUUGAUGCUUUAAUCUGCUCACAACUUCAUGCUCCUGAAAGCAAUGCACUUGUAAAGAAUCCUACUGAUCAAACGGUAUUCAAAGGAAGUGAUCCAACUGAAGCUGAUGGAUUUCCCAAAAAGAUUAAACUUGUAAUGACGCCCCUUAUAGGAAUCAUGUCAAGCAAUUGUGAUGCAUCUGUCCAUGUAUCCUGCCUGAAUACAUGGUCUUAUCUUCUGUAUAAGCUCGACAAGUUAGCCAGCUCCCAUUCGGUGGUUAAAACAGUUUGGGAGCCCAUCUUGGAAGUCAUCAUCAAGGUUGGGCCUGUCAAUAAGAAUAUAUGGUCAUGGAGUUUCUGCAUUGAGCUGCUUGAUAAUUUUAUUUCAGCAGGAAAUAAAGAUGUAAAUAGUAAGUUAAAUGACCAUAAGGCAAUGAGACUUCCAGAAUCUGCAAAAUACUCAUGGAAGUACUAUCCAAUUAAAUGGUCACCUUUGGAUCUUGGUAACUUGGAGUUUUUCUUAAACACAAUUCAUGGUCUGAUCAUUCACGGGUCAGAUAUUACUCUGUCCAGUGAAAUCAGGACAGUGACAUAUGGUGCUGCCUCAAGUUUGUUUCGAUCUCUUCUGAGAUCUGUUAAACAUUGCUUGAAGUCUGACCUUAUAACUUAUGACGAGGUUAUCUUAUCUUUGAAUAUGAUGUUAAAGUUUUUGAAGAGUGUAUAUGAAAAUAUGCAUUCAAGGGAUGGUGGUAUAGAUGAUUUGCUACCUCUUUUACUUCAGCUUUUGGAGGCUUUUGUUGAAGAAUUAGAACCAUCAACAUUGCAAUCCCCUCUUUACAAGGUGAUAGUAGACUUCAAAAAUAUUGAGACGUCAGAACCAGUCUAUAAAUUCAAAAUUGCAAAGAUACCAGAUAUCAGCUUUAUGAAUUGUAUGGAGAAGGUCUCACCAGUUGCAUAUAUUACUUUGCUCUAUUUCCAUGCAGUGACCAGAGCAACAUUGAAAGCAUCUGAUUAUGAAAUAGUUGAAGGGAAACACAGAUAUGUCAAGCUUUUGCUAUCUUCAUACGAGCCUUUGGAAAUUCUCAAUCUUUUUGUUAGUUUAUUAUAUACAGAGAAGAUGUCCUGUUGCUUUGAGAUCUGGAUAGCUCUGGCGAAUUGUCUGAAAGAUUACAUAGAUAAUCAUAACUUCCACUCACUUUUCAAAUUGCAGUCGGAUAGUCCUGGUUAUGCUAUAACAAUACAUUUCUUGUGUUAUCCAUUUGCUGCAUAUUCUUGCCUUAAGGUGUAUCUCAAGCUUCAGCAUGUUAUUGAAGUAUGGAAAUCACUUUAUGUUUCUCUUAGCUGGGCAUCAGAAAUUGGUUAUCCUACUCUAACUGAGGACCUGUUCUCAAUGCUCUGUUCAUAUUUCAAUGAAGCAUUGACCAAUGGCGAUCUUGUCCCUGAACCUCAGUCAAGUGUAAAUGGUCAGGAUAUUGAUGUUCUGUUAUUGUUUGGAGAAGCAAUGAUAUGUGUCGUAGACCAAGCUUCUUUGAUAGCAAAAUCUGAAGUUAAAGAGUCUGAAAGUUGGAGAUCCAGCAUUAUCAAAAGUAGCUUGGAUUUCGCUUCCUGCUUCGUGAAGUUAUCUAGGGCAAAGGGUGAAACUAAUCUAUCAACCAGCCUCAUUGAGAAAAGGCUGCUAUCAUCACUGGUUCACUUUGUUGGCUGCUUGAACUUGCAGAAGGAUAUAACAUUAUUCAUUGAGAUGAUGACCAGUACAUUGCUUCUGUGGCUGUCACAUUUUGAAGCUCAAGACAGUAACUUCAAAGAUCAACUUCAACAGUUAUGGAUUCAGACACUGAACUGUUUGCAGAAAACGCUACCAAUAAUAGAAUUCAAUUCCUCUUUUCUUCAGCUCCAAGAGCCUCUUCUUGAGAAAACUCUUGAUCAUCCAGAUCUCUUCAUUUCCAACUCCACUGUUAACUUCUGGAAUUCUACUUUCGGAGAGCAGACCAAGUUAGACUACCCUCAAAGCUUACUUCCAGUCCUAGACAAGCUGUCAAGGAGAGGAAAAAUAAAACUCGGAAAAAGCAGCCUGUUAACCAAUACUAAGGACAGUGCCGAUGUAGAUAAAGUUACAGUUCCAAAUAGAUACAAGGUGCCAACAACACUGCAUAGGUGCUCCAAACGAGUUGAACUCGUGGGGAAUGCAGCUAAUAGUUCAGAAGGAAAUGACAGAAUUUAUUCAAAGUCGAAACGAAGACACACUGAGCUGACUGAGCAUCAAAAAGAAGUGAGAAGAGCACAACAAGGCCGAUCAAUGGAUUGUAGCGGACAUGGUCCAGGAAUCAGGACAUAUACCAGUGUUGAUUUUUCUCAAGGAAAUGAAGAAUCACAAGAAAGCCAGGACAUUCGAGAUGCAGAUACUAUUUUGGAAAUGCUGCGCAAAGUUAAGUAAAUUUUUAGUUUUAACUUUAUACAAUGUUGUAACAUCAAUAAUUAUGCUUUGUAUAUAUGAGUUCCAAUCGUUCUGGCUCUGCCCUGUUAUUCUUUUCUCUGCAUUAUUUCGUUAGGAGUUUCUGCUAUGGAAAAUGUUGUGUUUCU